AUGCCCCUGCUGCCCAGCACCGUGGGCCUGGCAGGCCUGCUCUUCUGGGCAGGCCAGGCAGUGAACGCCUUGAUGCCCAAUGCCACCCUGGCACUGGCCCGGACCGAGGGCACAGCCGUGUGGCCCCUGAGUGGCCUGGGGGUGCCCCGCUACCGGCGGAAGCGCCACAUCUCUGCCCGGGACAUGAGUGCCUUACUGGAUUAUCACAACCACAUCCGGGCCAGUGUGCACCCACCUGCGGCCAACAUGGAAUAUAUGGUCUGGGACGAGCGGCUGGCCAGGUCUGCCGAGGCCUGGGCCACCCAGUGCAUCUGGGCCCACGGGCCCUCACAGCUGAUGAGACACGUGGGCCAGAACCUGUCCAUCCAUUCUGGCCGGUACCGCUCGGUGGUGGACCUCGUCAAGUCUUGGUCUGAGGAGAAGCGGCAUUACUCGUUUCCUGCCCCCAGGGACUGUCGCCCACAUUGCCCCUGGCGCUGCAGCGGCCCUGUCUGCUCCCACUAUACCCAGAUGGUGUGGGCAUCCUCCAAUCGGCUGGGCUGUGCCCUCCACACCUGUGGCAGCAUCAACGUCUGGGGCAACACCUGGCGUCAGGCAGUGUACCUGGUCUGCAACUACGCCAUUAAGGGCAACUGGAUCGGCGAGGCACCAUACAAGAUGGGGCGGCCGUGUUCUGCCUGUCCCCCAAGUUACCAAGGCACCUGCAGCAGCAACAUGUGUUUCUCUGGACUCAAAUCCAAUAAGCUUCUGUGGUUCUAA